AUGCAACGCCGACGCGAUGCAAUGAAUAAUCAACAUCAACAAAGAACAAUUAAGAAUGUUGGCUAUCGUUUAGGUAAACGAAAACGUCUAUUUGAGAAACGAUGUCGGAUAUCAGAUUUUUCAUUAAGUUUCGCUGUAUUUGGUAUAUUAGUCAUGUUAGUUGAGACGGAACUUAUAUUUGCUGGUGUUUAUGAAAAGGAUUCCAUUUAUUCAUUUAUAACAAAAACAUGUAUAUCAAUAUCAACUUGUAUUUUAUUGGGUUUGAUUUUAGCUUAUCAUGUUUAUGUUAUCAAGAUAUUUUCUUGUGAUGAUUCCAUUGAAGAUUGGAGAAUGGCAGUAGAUUGCAAUCGUAUAUUUCAAAUGACACUUGAAGUGCUUAUCUGUAUUAUACAUCCAUUUCCAGGAUCAUAUCUUAUAGAAUUCCCUGUAUCGUCUGCCUUAGUCGGUCCAGGAACAGAAAUUUAUUCACCUAUUUAUCAUAGUCAGCAAACAACUAAAUCAUUAACUUUGCACAACACUACACGAAUGACAACUAGACAAGCUACAAAUAGGACUGUUAACUUUAGACCAUUUUCUGGUUUAUCUACAUUUCCAACCCCCAUUACUUCUAUGUCAACUGUGUCAACAUCAUCAUUACCAUCAUUAUCUACAUUCUCAUCUUUCGAUAGUGUACAAAGUCAUUCAGUUAAAAUUGUAUCAAUAGACUUAAUUCUUUCUGUACCAAUGUUUUUUAGAUUAUAUUUAUUAUUUCGUGUUAUGUUAUUACACUCGAAAUUGUUUACUGAUGCUGGAUCACGUAGUAUUGGAGCUAUGAACAAAGUUAAUUUUGAUACAAGAUUUAUUUUUAAAACUUUAAUGACUAUGUGUCCUGGAAAGCUUCUACUUGGUUUUAUAUUAUGUCUGUGGAUUGUUUAUUCGUGGACAUUAAGAGCAUGUGAAAGCUUUUAUGACACGGAGAACGGAAGUUUACUCAAUUCUAUGUGGUUAAUUGCAGUUACAUUUUUGAGUAUUGGCUAUGGUGAUAUUGUGCCGCAUACCUAUUGUGGUCGUGUGAUUGCUUUAGCUACAGGGGUUAUGGGUUCUGGGUGUACAGCGUUAGUUGUUGCAGUAUUCGCUAGAAAAUUAGAAUUAUCUAAAGCAGAAAAGCAUGUGAUUCAUUUUAUGAUGGAGAAUCAAUUAAAUAAAAAGGUUAAAAAUUAUGCUGCUAAUGUACUACGAGAAACAUGGCUUAUUUACAAAUAUACAAAACUUGUCAAACGUGUAGAUGCUUCUAAAGUUAGAACACAUCAACGUAAAUUUUUAAGAGCAAUUCAUGGUCUUCGCAGAAUGAAACUCGACCAAAGAAAAGUCCAAGAUUCUGCAAACACUCUAGUCGACUUAGCUAAAACCCAGACAAACAUUUAUGAAAUUGUUACUGAUUUACGAAUGGAACAAGAUUGUCUACAACACAGAAUGGAGACUUUAGAAUCAUCACUGAUAAAAGUACAGGAACAACUAAGAGCACUACCGGGUUUAAUAAGAACAGUGAUUAUACAACAACAUUUAGCUUAUCAAAAAUUAGUCACAACAACAACACCUGGUACUACAUCAUCAAUUAAUCAACCAAUGACUUUAAAAUUUGAAGAACAUAAAUCAUAAAAGAUUUUACAUCAUGAUGUCUAUAAUAUGUAACUUCUUUCUUGAAUAAUAUCCAUUUCGGAUAAAUUCGUUGAAUGUAUGUGAGAUUGACAACUGGGCAGCUUUGAUAUAUAACUAAUGAAAUCAACCUGUUUUACUUACGGUUUCUUUUCUUUCAAUUCAAUAUAAUAAAUUCAAUAUUGGAUUGAAAUUUACUUAUCCUUGAUGAACAGUGAAUAUUUUUACUGAAUUUUUUUAGAAUUCCAUUAUUUCAAUUUUACUGUCUUUCAUUCCAGCACUUGUUUUAGUGAAUGAAAAUUUAAAAAAAAAAGAAAAGAAAAGGAAAAGAAAAAUCAGAUCAAUCAAUUAUUCCAUGUUUAAGAACAUAUACAUAUACAUAUAUAUUUAUACAAAUGGUUGUAAACAAAAAUGAUUAUUUCAUAUACUAAAUCUUUCACAAUUCAAAUGACACAAUUUUAGUUUGUUCAUAAUGCACAAAGAUGAAAUUUUCUAGUGUAGAUUAUUUCUAAGAUGAAAAUAAAGUUUUAGUAUGAG